AAAUAUAUCCAAUCAUCAAUUAUCAGUAAAUUGUUUUAAAAAAAUGUAACAAGUCGACAAUGAUGUAUGUCAAUGUGUUGUGAUCAUGUUAACAUUCGAUUUGAAUAAUGAUGAUGAUGAUGAUUAAGCUAUGAAUGUACAGCAACCAGAAACAUUAAAUCAAAGUCAUCAUCAACAAAUAAACAUUGAAAAUCAAACAAUCGAUACAACCACGACGAACACUAAUAAUACUACUAUUGACGAUUCAAUUGCUGCAGCUAUCAAUAAUAACGGUAUCGAUAUUGAAUUGAUAAAUAAUAAUAAAGAAAAAAAGAAUCAUCAUCAUAUUAAUAGAAGAAUAAUGCAACAAAUGUAUCUACCAAGAAUUGCAGCCAUUCCAAAUCAAUCUCGUCUAUUGUUGAAAAUAUUGAUUGAUUCAUUUGUAUUAAUAUUGAUAAUAACACCGAUAAUUCUUCUGUAUAAACUGGGCAAACCAUUUAAACGUGGAUUCUAUUGUGAUGAUGAUAGUAUACGUUAUCCAUAUUUGGAAAGCACAAUUUCCAGUAAUUUAUUAUUCUUUUAUUCAAUCAUGAUACCAACUGUAACGAUCUGUAUUAAUGAAUUUCUAAUUUAUCGUCGAUUAAUGUCCGGUUUUGAUUUAUCAUCAAGAUUUUUUCUUAAAAAUUAUUUUUGGCAAUUAUAUCUGCACAUAAUUCCGUUUAUAUUCACAUUUUUAGGAUCACAAUUAAUUACCGAUAUUGCUAAAUAUAGUAUUGGCCGUCUUAGGCCACAUUUUCUUGAUGUUUGCCGACCAAAAGAUGAUAAAGGAAUGGUUUAUGAUCGUUUUUCUACUUGUUCUACGCCCGAAGUUUAUGUAAUGGAUUUUGUUUGUACAAAAAAUCAAAAUGAUUUUUAUAGACUUAAGGAUUCACGUUUAUCAUUCAUGUCUGGACAUUCAUCAUUUGCUGCCGUUACAUUGAUAUAUCUAGUUUAUUACAUACAAUUUCGAAUUCGAUGGCAAAAUUUAGGUCUUUUGAAACCAUUAUAUCAAUAUCUACUUAUUUGUCUUAUGUUAUAUACGGGAUUUAGCCGUAUUUCUGAUUAUAAACAUCAUUGGAGUGAUGUUUUAAUUGGUCUAUUACAAGGAUCAUUGAUGGCCACAUUUGGUGCAUUUUUCAUUUCCGAUCUAUAUCGUACACGUUCAUUAAUGAUUAUGUAUCAUAAUAACAAUCAACAUCAACAACAUAAAAUGCAUAAUGAUAAUGGUGAUGGUCCUAUUAUUAUUGAUCAACAUUCGGCUAGUAGCAAUGAAAGAACUAGUCAAAUUAUUGCUAAUGCAGAUGGUGGUGGUGGUGGUGGUGGUGAAAUUUCAACUGAAACAAUAUUAGCACGUGAUCGUGAAUCUGGACUUUGAAUCCAGUAUCACACACACACUGGUUCACAUAACACUGAAUAAUCAAUAUACUAAUGAACUGAACAUUUGAAUUAAUCAAAUUGCAAUAAUAAUUUUGUUAAAAUAAAAAUUCUUUUUUGAACAUCA